ACACUUUAUAAUAUUUUCCACGAGCUGUCGCCGUCUUUGUGUUUGUUUGAAAGCUUUUAAAAAGAAGUCAAAUAGCUCUUUAUCUCCAUCGCGGCUCGUUUUGUGCUUAUUUGGUGCUCCUCCGCGGCUGUAGCUGCUGCUGCAGCACGGCGGCAGCGAGUCGCUGCACGGCGGUUUCCGGUGUCCGUCCGUCUGCUGCUGGAGGAUGGCGUCCGGCUUCCACCUCAUCCCCUCUAUCACCGGUCCUCCGUGUACCGAAAACACCCACGGUUGUCAAGCUCAGUCGAGAGACAGCGGCGAAAAACGUCAAUAAUUAUAUCGAGUUUUCUUCCUCGUCUCACUGGAGUGUGUGAACAGAUCCCAGCUUCCCUUUAGAGGACUGGCUUAAAUAUCUGAUGCUCUUUCCUGUAAGACUUAAAACGGAAAUCUUCCUCAUCUUCUGAGCUUCCUACAUCCAUAGUGUAAUGAUGACGGAAGCUUGGCAGCAGCAGCAGCAGCAGCAUGCAGUGGCCCAACCCGCUGUUGUGCACACACUUCCCCAGUCAUCCGACAACUCUCUCAGCUGCACGGUGUAUGGAGUUGUCCUGCAGCCAGAUGCCUCCCUGCAGCAGGCCCAGCUCUCCCAGCAGCACUCUGUUCAAGCCCAGCAGUCUUCCUUACAAGUAGGGGGCGAUAGAGUACACAAGUGUGGCGUCUGUGGCCAUGACCUUUCUCACAUGGCCAACCCUCACGAGCACCAGUGCAUGGUGACCCAAGACAGGUCGUUCCAGUGCACACAGUGCAUGAAGAUCUUCAGCCAAGCCACAGACCUGCUGGAGCAUCAGUGUGUUCAGGUGGAGCAGAAGCCUUUUGUGUGUGGUGUUUGUAAAAUGGGCUUCUCGCUGCUCACCUCACUUGCUCAGCAUCACAACUCGCACGGCAACGGAAACAAUCCAAUGAAGUGCUCAAUCUGUGAGAAAACCUAUCGGCCAGGUUCUGGAAACGUCACUCCGACCUCAUCGGCUGCCAACCCUCAGCAGCCGUCCACCGGGGAGACAUCCGGUGGUGGGGCGGCGAUUGGUGCCUCGUCUCCUCCUGCAUACGAGGCUUCUGCACCAGACAGACCAUACAAGUGCUCCGUGUGCCAUAAGUCGUUUCGUCAUUUGUCCGAGUUGACCCGCCAUGAGAGAAUACACACCGGUGAAAAGCCAUACAAAUGUGACACGUGUGACAAAAGCUUCAGCCAGUCCUCCCAUCUGGCACACCACCAGCGCACGCACAGCUCGGAGCGGCCGUACAAAUGCGCCGUGUGUGAGAAGAGCUUCAAGCACCGCUCUCACCUCGUGCGGCACAUGUAUGCUCAUUCAGGCGAGCACCUCUUCAAGUGCAAUUUGUGUGAGAUGCAUUUUAAAGAGUCGUCUGAGCUGCUGCACCAUCAGUGCCAGCCAGAAGGUGAGAGACCUUUUCGCUGCGGUUCGUGUGGAAAGAGCUUCAAGCGUCCGUCUGACCUGCGGCAGCAUGAACGCACGCACUCCGAGGAACGGCCUUACCAGUGCGAGGAGUGCCAGAUGAGCUUCAAACAGCAGUACGCUCUUGUGCGUCACCGCCGCACUCACAAAAACCCCGCUGAUCGUCCCUUUAAGUGUAACCUAUGCGAUAAGGGGUUCCUCCAGCCAUCCCACCUGCUCUACCACCAGCAGGUCCAUGGCAUGGAGAGUCUGUUCAAGUGUGCUUCUUGCCAGAAGUCCUUUAGUCAGUCAGGAGAGCUGCUGCGGCACAAAUGUGGCGGUGAGGUGGAGAAACCCUACAAGUGUGACGUGUGUGGCAAAGGUUACAAAAAGAAUUCAACUCUGCAGCGUCACCAAAGCACCCACUGCACUGAGAAGCCAUUAAAGUGUUCGCUGUGUGACAAGCGCUUCGUGUCGUCUUCUGAGUUUGUCCAGCACCGCUGUGACCCGACGAGGGAGAAGCCGCUAAAGUGUCCCGACUGCGAGAAGCGCUUCAGGUACUCAUCGGAGCUGCAGCGCCACCGCCGGGUUCACACGGGAGAGAAGCCUUUCAAGUGUGCCAGCUGCGAGAAGAGCUUCAAACAACGCGAGCACUUGGCCAAGCACCAGAGCGUGCACUCGCGUGAGACGCAGUUUAAGUGCGUGUGGUGCGGCGAGCGUUUUGUUGACCUCACAGCCCUGCAGGAGCACACGGUCCAGCACACCGCAGAGGGCGAAAACUUCCCCGAAGCUCCCUGCAUCCAGUGAACUGAGCUGCUCCUGAGCUCAGAGAAGCAAAUGUGACUUUAACGGAAAUGUGUGCCAGCCUCCGCUCAGCCAUUCUAGUUAAAACCAUUUUCCCAUUUAUCAUUUUUACCGUCGGAAACCGUAAACAUUUAAAUAUCUGCUUCAUUGUGUCAAAGGCACAGAGGGAGUUAGGAUCCCCCUUCUUAAAAAAAAAACCCAACCAGAAUGAAAAAGAGGUGAUUGAACAUUUGAGCGUUGGAAGCUGUUAGUUGUGUGGUUGCAUGUGCUUGAUCUGUAACCGUUGGUUCUGUUGUUCAGAAGGAAGGAAGCCCGAACGUCCAGUUUUCCAGUUAGUGGGUGCACUUUUGUCGGCUCCUGUUCAGUCCACGUGCCUUGUAUUUACCUUCACCUGUCACUUACUUUGUAUUGUUUAGAAAUUCAUGUUAAGUGAAGCUGGACCCCCCCCCCCCCCCCCCCCCAGCCUGUGCAGCAGUAUCUCCUCACAUUAGAUCUUAGGCAGUGGCAUCUGUUUGUGCAUGAAUAUUUAUCACACCUUGACUGUUGUAUUAUAGCUUUUUGGUUUAUUUAGGAAAACAUCCUAAGAGGAAGAAGAAAAGACUAAAAAAUGGAAGUGAAUUUGUGAAAAUGUAUAGCCAGUGUCCUACAUUGUGAUGUUGCAACUUUGUAUUAAAGCCAGACAUGUAGGUAAUUAACUCAUACCUAAUGUGUCGGACCAACAGCUGACUAGUGCAAUAGAACGUGCACAGUGUGAUAUUUAUGACUACUGACUCUGGUUUAUUAUUGAUUGUGUGUAUACGCUGUGUAAACACUGUAAAGUGCUUCUGUUACCUGCUUUUUUUAUUCACUAUCAAAGAGCUCGCUGCAUUCAGAAAGCAGUUUAGGAUUACGGUGAGGUUUGACCCAACCAGGCUUCAAUGCAUUAUUUUGCUUAUGCCGCAAAAUUAGUUGCAAUAGUUACUGUUAUAGAUGUUAAAAUAUAUAUUGUUUUUUUAUUAUUAUUCUGAAUUGGCCUUGCCUUGUUUUCACAUGAUUUUAGCCUCCUGGUCCAAAUCAGACCUGAAUAAUCCCCAGAAUAGCCUCAGAGUUGCCACUUAUGUGUCGCUGUAUACCAGAGGUAAAGUAAAAAAAUAAUAAAAAAGAUGUGUGUUCUUUAGUUUACCGUGUGGAUCUCUAUAUUGUGUACAAUCUUUGCAGUAUAUUUAAAAGAUGGUUUUUGGACGGUUGUGGGGAGGGGUCUGAUUCGAGUGGGUGGUUUGGUUUAAAUCCUAGUGAGUCUGCUUCAGAAGCUGCUGGAGUACGAGGACGGAGAGUUUUAACGCUUAUGGAAAUCAUGAAGACUCCUGUCCUGUUCAUACUGUAUAUUAAAAUAAACAGCCCUUAUAAUAACAA